GACUCGCCAUCCUGUGCCAGAGCUUCAAUGCCAACCCAGCCUUCACCAGCUCUCUCCGACAUCUGGAUUUGAGCAAGAACCCCGGGCUGCUCGGGUCGGACGAAGCAAAUGGUUUCUAUUCUUUCCUGGCCCAGCCAAAUGCGUUGCUUCACCUGGACUUAUCCUCCACCGACUGUGCCGUCGAUGCAUUGUUCGGGGCACUGUUGCACGGCUGUUGCCCACGGCUUAGCUACCUCAACCUCGCACGGAACACCUUCUCUCAUCGGAAAGGAAAGGGACUGACACCUUCUCUCAAGCAGUUUUUCUGCAGCGCCUACUCCCUCAGCUUUGUCAACCUGUCAGGCAUCAAAAUGCCCAUCGAGGCCUUAAGGUCUCUUUUCCAAGGCCUGUCAGCCAACACUCACCUGAGCGAACUCCACCUGGACCUGAGCGGAUGUGAGCUGCGCUCUCCAGGAGCCCAGGUGCUUCAAGAACAACUGCCCGGAAUCAGCGCCUUGAGUAGCCUAGACCUCUCUGACAAUGGCUUUGAUGCUGACUUGCUCACCCUCGUCCCAGCGCUCAGCAAGUGCAAGUCUCUGAAACACCUCUGGCUGGGCAAGAAUUUCAACGUCAAAUCCCGAACGUUGGAGGAAAUCCUUCAGAAAAUUGUGCAGUUUAUCCAAGAGGAAGACUGUUCGCUGCAGUCUUUCUCGGUGGCCGAUUCCCGGCUCAAGACCCGCACCAGCAUCCUGAUCAACGCCCUGGGCAGCAACACCUGCUUGACCAAAGUGGACCUGAGCGGGAACGGCAUGGAGGACAUCGGGGCCAAGAUGCUCUCCAAAGCCUUGCAGAUCAACAGCACGCUGAGGAGCAUUUCCUGGGACAGGAAUAAUACAACUGCACAAGGCUUUCAAGACAUCGCCCGGGCCUUGGAGAAUAACUACACGCUGAAGUUCAUGUCCUUCCCCAUGAGUGACAUCACGGCCGCCUACCGCAACGCCCCGGAGAGAACCGACGAGGUGUGGCAAAGGAUCCAGUGGUGUCUCCUCCGGAACAACCACUCGCAGAAGUUCCCGCAGGACCAAGCCUUCCGCCUCCACCAAGGAAUCGUCACCAAUAGCGCCGAGCAAAUGAUGAGCCGCCUCUGCGUGAGAGUCCAGGAGGAAGUGCGGGUUUUGCGAACCUGCUCAGCCGACAGCGUUCAAGAAGAAGUGCUCUAUGCCCGGGAGCUCAUGAAGGAGGCCAAGAACUCGCGGGCGCUGUUCCCCAGCCUGUACGAGUUAGGCCACAUCUUGGCCAGUGACGGACCCGUUCGCCACAGGCUGGAGUCCGUGGUCAACGAGGUGUCAAAAGCAGUGGACAAGGAACUUCAGGUCAUCCUGGAGUCCAUGGUGGCCCUGACGCAGGAGCUGUGCCCCCAUGCUGUCCAGGCGGCCGAAGAGCACAACAAGAUGUUGGCAGCCGUUUCGGAGCGUGUCACAGUGCCCCGAAACUUCAUCCGGGGAGCUCUGCUGGAACAAGCUGGCCAAGAUAUUCAGAACAAGCUGAAUGAAGUGAAACUGUCGGUGGUGACCUAUCUCACGAACACCAUCGUGGAAGAGCUGCUGCAGGAGCUGUACCAUGCGCACAAGAAUCUGGCCCAGCACAUCAUCCACCUCCGCCGGCUGUCUGAGGGACAAGACAACAUCCCCCUCUCGGAACAGCUCGGAAAACCCCGACUCCGGGAUCAUGAGGAGGCCACCGAGGAUGACCUCGGCUCCAGCAUUGACACCAUGGCCAUUAAGAGGCAAAAGAACUGCCGCAGAAUUCGCCCCGCGUCUGCCUUCAUCAGUGGCUCCGAACCGGAGGGCGAUCUCGCCGUGCCCCGCAUGGGUUCCCCGCUCGGCUGGAUCUCCUUGGCCAGCAGCAGUCAGUACUCGCAUUCCCGCAGCACGUCGUUCGAGGCCCUCUCGGACCUGCCGACAGAGGGCACCCGGCUGGAACAUCAGACCCGCGGACGGCCCCGCCCCCCUCGUACCACUCCUCACGGCGGGUUCCGCUCCCACAACCGAGCGCUGGGGUCUAUUGAGUCCAGAGAACAAGAGAACGGGUCGGCGCCGCGGCUGGACGAAGGCCUGGAUGAGUUUUUUAACCGGAAGGUGCUGGCGGACAAUGCCAGCUCUUCCCGGACCCCGAAGGGCUGUGGGGUGAGGCCGGGACCCUCGGACUCCCUCCCGCCCCUACAAAAGAAGAGGAGACGGGGCCUUUUCCAUUUCCGCAAGUAUCGGAGCGUCAAAGGAGAGCGGGACCCCGAGGACCUGCCUCCGAGUCCUCCUCCUCCUCCUCCAGCCGGUGGGGAGGAACAGAAGCCCCCGCCACACUUGCCCGCGGCCCAAGAGGAGGAGAGGAAGCCCGGGCAGGACCUCUCAGGAGUGGCGGUGCUUCUUCCGGGGAUGGGCGCCGUGGCCUCAGGAAGCGGGGUGAAAGGUUUGCCAAGCAGGAUGAAACCGGGUUCUGUUCCUGACCCAGAGAGGGUGGAGCCAGAGGCCAAAGGGGCGGAGCUCCUGCAACCCUCGCAGGUCCAAGGCGUGGCCUUGCCUGGCAUGGGAUGCGUCAAGGGGUGGAGCCUGGAUGCCAAGUUGGAGAGCGUCGAUCUGGAGCGAGGGGGCAGUAUGCGGGACCAGCAGAGACGGCGCUCCUCAGAUGACUCAGGGCAAGCAGGAAGGAAGCCACAUCCGCCCCUGCAGAGCAGCAAGCCGAGCUUCGCCACCAUCCGUCGGGCGGAAGCCAGUUGGGACAUAGCCGAAGAAAGUUCCCCCAGGGAAAGCAGGUGCAGGGAAAUCCUCCAGGACAACACCCCUCCGGAAGGAAAUCCAGGUGGGGCCGAGGAGAAGGGGCCGACCCACGGCUCGGAGAAGGAGCUACCAAUGGUGCUUGCCAAGCAAUUCAGGGAUCCCCCGUCCUUCCCGCGCCCUCCCAAGCCGGUCGCCCUCCCCCGGGGCCGGAAACCUCCCAGCCAACCCGAGAGAAGCCGUAGCAACGAAGAAGCCGGGGUAGCAGGAGGGGCCACCCCGGACGAUACACGUACGUCCCCCCCAAUUGCCCAACCCCGGCGCAGACCCAAGGAACAAGACGUUGAAGGGGAGCCAGAAGUGGGGAGGAAAGCAGCCCCUCUCAAGCCAAAGAGGACGCGGCGAGCACAGUCCUGCGACAAGCUGGACUCGGAUCGGGGCCGAAAUCUGGGCCCUGGAGGUCCUGGGGACACCCCCCUGCCCGACCCUCCUCCUCCCCCACCUGAGUGCAACGCCUGCACCUGGAGGCCGCGACCGGCUCUUCCCCAGCCUCUCCUUCCGGCGGACUUGACGGUGGGAUCUCCCGAAUCUGGGACAAAAUGAUGGACAGGCACUCUGUUGAUGUUGUUGCUGCUGCUGCCUUUUCAUCUUCCGGUGGAAAAAAGCGAGGGAACACAAGACCUGCAAGAACCACAAGAGAGAAAGGCGACUUCAGAGAAAACACCCUUUUUUUCCAGCUCUCCCCUCCUCCUGAGUGGGUCCGACCUCCCACCCUAUAGUCCGUCUGGGACCAGCCCCGUCUUCAGUGCUGCUGAAACCCUGGAUUUUUUUCUCCUUCCCCCACACCUCCUUUGGUGCCUGUUUCUAUCCCUUGCUUCUGGGUCCAACCUGCCCGCCCGUCUUCCCCACAGGAACUGGAGAAGUUUUCCUCUUUUUUUGAAACCAGGGUGGGGAGGGGG